GGACAUGUGACGCGAACAGACCCUAUGCAGAACGAAUUUCUAAUAUAAUUUUAUAAUUAAAUUUAAUAAAUUUGUAAUACUAUGAUGAACUUUCUGUUGUACAGAACGAUUUUUAUAACGGAGAAUGGAAUAUUUGAAUUUUAAAAAAAUUAUAUGAUGAAAUACAUUUUAUUAGUCUAUUACUCUAAGAAACAAAUAUGAUGAAACAAUUAAAAGAGUUUCUCGAGUCAUAUGAAUUUUUAUUACACCAAAAAUAAUACAUCAUCACUAUAAUUUCUCGUAAUGAUAAUUUCGGAUUGAGGUUGGAUAAGAUCUGCGGUUUCCUUUCACGGUCAAACGAUAUCAUUAAGCGUGGGAGUAUACGGGGAUACGUGAUGUUGCGAUGAAAAACUGACUGACUUGAAAGUGGAGCACUGAAUUAUUAUCGUGUAACGUAGCCGCAAUAAUUUUAUAGAAUUUAUUAUAUAAGUUUUAUAAAAAUGUAUAAAGUUACUAUUAUUCUCUUUGUUAUUAUUUCUUUAACAUGGGGGGAAGGGGAUUACUACGAAAUUCUUGGUAUAAGCAGAUCCGCUGGGCAGGAUGAAAUUCGAAGGGCUUUUAAAAAACUAGCUAUUAUUCACCAUCCUGACAAAAAUAAUGAUGAUCCAAAUGCUCAUGAUAAGUUUAUCCGAUUAACAACGGCUUAUGAGACAUUAAAGGAUAAUGACUUGAGAAAAAAAUACGAUCUCUAUGGGGAAGAAGGUCUUAAUAAUUCUCAUAAGAAACAAACCUAUCAUUCUUGGAGUUAUUACCAGAACAGUUUCAUAUAUGACGAUGAUGAAUAUGUUAUUAAUUUGGGAAAAAGUGAUUAUUAUGAAAAUGUUAUUAACUCUGACUCAAGCUGGUUUGUGAACUUCUAUUCUCCGAUGUGCAGCCACUGUCAUCACUUAGCACCGACUUGGAAAGAAGUUGCUAAGUUACUUGAUGGCGUCGUGAAAAUUGCAGCUGUUAACUGUGAAUAUAACAGCCAAUUGUGUUACCAAGUUGGAAUCCAUUCCUAUCCUACGUUGAUGUAUUUUCACAAGAAUUCGCAGCAUGGAGUGCACUACAGAGGAGAGAGAACACAAGAGGCCAUCACUCGUUUUGCAUUAGACAAACUAAAUAUUCACGUACCUGAAAUAAGCAAAUCCCAAUGGGAUGAUCUGUUCUUACGUAGCAAGAAUGUCAUUCAAAGACCUGAGUUAAUUUUCAUAUGUGGUGAACAUCAGAAUUGUUUCACUUCUGAUGAAAGGCUUAUAGUAGCAGCUAUAUUUGAUAAACUGAUCAAUGUGAAAUUAUUUACAUGUGAGAAAAAUAAUUGCCAUGACAAGAUGUCUUAUGAUACACAAGCGGUUUACCUACCGGUGUAUAAUGCCUCUUCCUGGGAACCUAUGUUCUUUGAUAGCAUAUUUGAUAUAAAUACAUUGAUAAAAAAGCUUUUAGACCAAUUGCCUAGUCCACAGGAGCUGUCUGAUAAUGAUUUUGAGCAUAUUAGAAAAUCAAAGUCCAAUUCUGCUUGGCUUAUAUGCUUUUACAUUGGUGAUACAGCGGAUUUGCGAGAUUUGAAUUUGCAAAUGAAGAAGUUUUCGGCUAGUGGUAUUAAUUUAGGUAGAAUAAAUUGUGGCAAAAAUGGACAGCUUUGUUCUAAAUUGGGUGUGAAUCGUUAUCCGAUCUGGGGUAUGCUCAAGCCAAGUGGAGCAUUUGAAUUGAACCAUGGAAAGAAUAUGAAUAAUGAUCUUAUUAAAUUUGUACAAAUUAGUGUGAAAACUAAAAACGUUUGGACUCUCUCUGCAGGGGAAGUGUCAUCAAUAUUACAAAGAGACAAAGGAGACGAAGUAUGGUUUUUGGAUUGGUUUGCACCAUGGUGUCCGCCUUGUAUAGAAUUUCUAUCAGAACUCAGAAAAGCAUCGUUACAAUUUGACGCAUCAAUAAUUCGUUUUGGUACCAUUGACUGUGUCGCUCAUACUACGCUAUGUCGUCAGUACAACAUACAGAGGUAUCCUACUGCAAUGCUUAUAAAUGGCAGCAAUACAUAUCAAUUCACGGUGCCAAAGACAGCUGCAAAUGUUAUUCAAUUCAUUAAUGAGAAAAGGAAUCCAUCGGUUAUAGAAUUAACGUCAGAAAAUUUUUAUCAAAAACUGGGGAAAAAGAAGAGUAAAGUUAUAUGGAUUGUUGAUUAUUUUGCGCCAUGGUGUGGGCCGUGUCAAAAAUUAGCACCCGAAUGGAUGACUGUUGCGAAAUCGCUGAGCAGUUUGUCAUUUGUAAACGUUGCCAGUGUAGAUUGUGAGGCUGAGUCUUCCUUAUGUGCGUCCCAGGGCGUGCGCUCUUAUCCCAACAUUAGAAUGUAUCCAUUAGGAAGCGAGGGUUUAAAUACAGUCGCUUUGUACAAUGGACAACGAGAUUCGUUAUCUAUAUUAACAUGGAUAACAACAUUCUUCCCAAAGAAAGUUCGCGAUUUGAAUUCUUCCGAUUACCAGAAGCUGUUGGAUAAUAAGCAUAUAUGGAUCGUUGAUUUUUACUUACCACAAUGUUGGCAUUGCCAAAAGAUGGAACCUGAAUUCGUAAUUGCUGCACAAUUGCUGGAGAAAGUAAAAUUUGGAAGAAUUAACUGUAACUUCUAUAUGCAUGAAUGUGCACACAUAAAAAUAUUUCCGACGCUAGUAUUAUAUAAUUCUAAGCAAAAAAGACAAAAUAGACACGAUGGUGUCGAAAUUGUUGCAACGACGGCUGAGACAAUUAGAGAUGAAAUUUUAGAAAUUAUUAAUUCUCGCACAAAACAUGAUGAACUUUAAUAGAUAGAAUACUUAAAUUAAAUUUAAAGUUUUUAUAUUAUUAUUACAGUAAUUUCUUUGCAACAUACAAUUUUAUCAUUAUAAUUGUGUAUGAAUUUUUUGUAUAAUAUAUGAAUAUUUUAUUUUUUUAACAUGUAGAUUUGAUAUAUAGAUAAGAUAUACGAAUAAUUUCUUUUCAAUACGUAAAUUAAUAGUUGCAUUUAAUUAUUUAUUAUUAAAAAAUUAUCUAUCAUAAUAUCUUAUAUUUGCUAAACCUAUUUUUAUUGGAAAUAUAGGAAAUUAUAUUAUUUAUUUAUUAAUGCAUAUCUAAUUAUGUAUUUAACAAAUAUAUAAUUAUAUAUUAUAUAUAACUAUACUGUUGAAUGUGUGAGUAAUGGCAUAGAAAAAGCUAAUUUAUUUCAAAAUAUAUAUAUGUAUAUAUAUAUAAAUUCGUAAAUUAUGAUUUUUACACUUGGUCAUAAUUUAAUUUACUAAAUUGCUGCAAUGAGGAAAUAGAAAUCUUAACAAACUUUAAUAAUGUACUUAUCUGUAAAUGUUGCUUGACUGCCGUGAAUAAUGUUUGUCAUUUAUUUGUUUCAUUCUUCCAAAAAGAACAAAGAAGAUGACUAAAUGUAGAAUAUUAAAUUAGUAGAAAAAUUAUAUUUAACAUCACGAUUUACUAUAGACCGAAUAGGCGAUUUUAACUUUAUGAUUUAAACUAGAUGUAUUGUUAAUCCUAUUGUGAUAUACUUUUAUACUUUUUUAUGUAUAUAGCAAUUAAUAAAAUCUUUAUAAACAAAUUAA